AUGCUGUACCGCGCGCGCGGCUCUAGCCUCUUGGCCUCUCCUCUCCACGCUCGGAGUGCCCGGGACCGACAGAGCUGCUGCAAGAGACAGCGCGCAAGCAGCCGCUGGGCGAUGCGCCCGCCGCCUCGUAGGAGCCGCGCUCGCCGCAGCUGCUGCGCUCUGCAGCGCGCCAGGAGCGGUGAGCUGCGAGCUGGGAGCCUUGAGCUCGGGGAGGCGCAGACAGCAAGGGCGCAAGGUGAGCGCCCUACCCGCAGCCGCACCGGCCCCUUUCAGCCGGAUGUUCCCCAAUGCACCGCCUCCUCUCCCUCCUCUUCUCCUAGCCCCAGUCCAGCAGCUGCGGGAGGCGCCUGCAGCAGGGGCCCCGGGGCCGGCGCUGCGGACGGCAUGGAGGAACCGGGACGAAACGCUUCCCAGAACGCCUUAAGCGAGGGCCAGGGUAGCGCCAUUCUCAUCUCUUUCAUCUACUCCGUGGUAUGCUGUGGACUGUGUGGGAACUCCAUGGUCAUCUACGUGAUCCUGCGUUAUGCCAAAAUGAAGACCACCAACAUCUACAUUCUAAACCUGGCCAUUGCUGAUGAGCUGCUCAUGCUCAGCGUGCCCUUUCUGGUCACUUCCACGCUGUUGCGCCACUGCCCUGGCGCGCUACUUUGCCGCCUUGUGCUCAGCGUGGACGCGGUCAACAUGUUCACCAGCAUUUACUGUCUGACUGUGCAUGUGGAUCGCUAUGUCGCUGGGCACCCGAUCAAGGCAGCGCGCUACCGUCGGCCCACAGUAGCCAGGUGGUGAACCUGGGCGUGUGGUGCUGUCUCUACUGUUAUCUUGCCCAUCGUGGUCUCUCACGCACAAGCCGCCAACAGCGGCACCGUGGCCUGCAACAUGCUCAUGCCCGAGCCCGCCCAGCGCUGCUGGUGGCUUCGUCUUAUACACAUUUCUCAUGGCUUCCUGCUGCCUGUCGCCAUCUGCCUGUGCUACGUGCUCAUCAUUGCCAAGAUGCGCAUUGCCCUCAAGGCCGGCUGGCAGCAGCGCAAGCGCUCGGAGCGCAAGAUCACUUUAAUGGUGAUGAUGGUGAUGGUGUUUGUCAUCUGCUGGAUGCCUUUCUACGUGGUACAGCUGGUCAAUGUGUUCGCUGAGCAAGACGACGCCACCGUGAGCCAGUUGUCUGUCAUCCGCUACGCCAACAGCUGUGCCAACCCCAUCCUCUACGCUUCCUGCGACAACUUCAAGCGCUCUUUCCAGCGCAUCCUGUGCCUCAGUGAGGACAACGCUGCGGAAGAACCAGUCGACUACUACGCCACCGCCUUGAAGAGUCGCGCUUACAGUGUGGAGGACUUCCAGCCGGAGAACCUGGAAUCCGGCGUUUUCCGUAAUGCACCUGCGCUUUCCAGAUCAGCACGCUUGAGGCCGGCACUGCCGGAGGGAGAGUGGCCGGAAAGGGGAGGGGGAGCAGUCUGA